AACACACGCUUUGGAGAGACGGUGUGGCUCUUCAGCGUGCUGCUGCCGCUCGCCAUGCUGGGCCGCGCAGCCUUCCUGUUCCUUUUGUCCAUGCUGCACAACUGGUUCUCGCGCGAAGAGGAGCCCCCGACCCUCAAUGGGAUGAUCAUCACCUG